UAAAUGUAGUGUCAAAGCUUUUCAAGAACUAUAUUUUCCUCCAUUCUUGAUUCUGAUCCUGCAUUCAUGCAGAACUGUCAAGACUAUCAACAAAAACAGGCCUCAUUAAGAAUUCUCGGAAAGUUUCAGCAGUUUAAGCCUCACAUUCUCAUGGUUUUGGCUCAGCUUGCCUACACUUUCCUCUACUUCAUAACGCAGGCUUCGUUCAAUCAUGGCAUGAACCCUCACGUCUAUGUUACUUACCGACAUAUCGUUUCUGGUUUGGCGUUUCUGCCUUUUGCAUACUUCCUCGAAAGAACAAAAAGGCCAAAAUUGACGUUAGCUCUCUUCCUAGAGAUCUUCGUUCUCUCGCUUCUGGGAGUGAGCUUGACUCUGAAUAUGUAUUUCGCGAGCUUAAACUACACUUCUCCGACUUUCAUUGCCUCGGUUGUCAACGCCAUGGCUGCCGUAACAUUUGUAAUUGCAAUCAUACUCAGAUUGGAAGUGGUUGAUAUACACAGUCCUCGGGGGAUUGCAAAGGUUCUCGGGACUUUGGUUUCACUGGCUGGAGUGAUGACUAUGACACUAUACAAGGGACCUGUCCUGAAAAAACUAUGGCACCCUCCCAUCUCCAUCAGUAAAGGGAACAUAACUAUUCAGGAAAACUGGGUGAAAGGCUCGAUUUUGACUGUUGCUAGCUGCAUAGCAUGGGCUAUGUGGUAUAUAAUGCAGGCUUUGGCAUUGAGAAGAUAUCCAGCACAGUUGUCGCUGACAACUUGGAUGAGUUUCGUUGGAGCAGCGCAAUCAGCAGUGUAUACAGUGAUUGUGCAGCACAAAAAAGCCGCUUGGACCAUUGGCUUCAACAUUGAUCUGUGGUCCACCAUAUAUGGAGGGGUUGUGAUUUCCGGUAUAGUGGUCUACAUUCAACUCUGGUGCACAGAGCAAAAGGGACCAGUUUUCGUUACAAUGUUCAAUCCUCUGUCAACAAUCUUGGUCGCGGUUCUGUCAUAUUUUGUCCUGGGAGAAAAGCUAUAUACUGGCAGUAUCAUAGGUGCAGUGAUUGUGAUAGUUGGUCUGUACUUGCUACUCUGGGGAAAAGAACGCGAUCAAGAAGCAGAAAUGAAGGUGAAAGAGCAAUCCGAAGAAAUUCCAGCUGAAAAUUGUGGAGAAUCGAAGAGGAGACUGUUUACACCUGAUCAGAAUGUCGUAACAGCAGAACCAUAGAACGUACCGAUAUAUCAAUUACCAUUAAAAUGACCCGAGAUGACAAAUGUAAACUUAAAGUAGUAAAUGAGCAAGGUUAGG